CUGGCGACAAGAAGACUGCGUCGCAGUAGCUACAGACGUUGUCAAUAAAUAUGCCAAAUCUACCACAUCGAGCAAGAUCGGUCUGCUGAUGGAUUAAGUUCCUGGUUUUCCAGCUUGAUUGCGCCUGCAAUUGUCCUUGUUUGUGCCUGUGUCAACUAUGGAGACAACUCAAGUGACUUUGGCAGUUAGGGGAGACACAUCCCCAGGUGAGGUGAUAGCCGUGGUUGGUAGCUGUGAAGCUUUAGGAGACUGGUGCCAUCAAAGAGCUGUGACCCUACAACUGGUUGAACACGAUGGGACAUUGUGGAAGAGGACCAUCAGUGUGCCCAGAGGUGCUGUGCCAACCUAUCGCUACUUCAAAGGCCACUUCCUGGAGUCAAAGAGUGCAGGUGGUCCCUGUCAGGUGAUAGUCACUAAGUGGGAGACCCAUCAGCAACCACGCCUGAUGAGCCCCACAGAAUCACACCUUGAUAUUGACGAUGGCCAAUUUGGAUUCCACAACGGCUCAGAGUGUAUGGACUCUGGGUGGCUGACAUGCCAGACAGAGAUCCGUCUACGUCUGCACUUCUCUAAGACGUCUCCCGUAUCCAUCACCAAGAAGAAAUACAAGAAGUCUCGCUUCAGGAUCAAGCUGACGCUUGAGGGUGUAGAGGAGGAGGAGGAUGACGAUGAAGAGCCAGAGCAGAGUGCAGCGUCGCGGCACAAGAUGACCACCACGCUGGAGAUCAGUAUGAUCAGUGGAGAUGGGUACAAGUCCCGCCACUCCCAGCCUGAGUGUGGCUACGCCCUGGAGGCCUCACAGUGGACCGAGUACAUCAUCCACACCAUGGAUCCCGACAACCUGGAACUCACCUUCGACUUCUUUGAGGAGGAUAUGGGUGAGCAUGUGAUGCCAGGGGAUGCCCACCCGGGGACGGUGGGUACGGCCUGCCUCCUCUCCUCAUUCUUCGUGGAGAGUGGCAAGGACACAGGUGUGGUCACUCUGCCCAUCAUGAAACGCAACUCCAGACAGACCCUGGGCAAAGUCAGAGUGGACUACCUGGUGAUCCGUCCUAUCGAGGGACUACAGUGUGACAUGAGCUCCUCCUUCACCAAGUACUGGAGGAAGAGGAGUGUACCCCUGGACGUAGGCCACAGAGGGGCCGGCAGCACACACGCAGCCAAACAUACUAAAGUCAGGGAGAACACCAUUGCUUCGUUCAAAAGUGCUGCCAACCAUGGGGCUGCCUAUGUGGAGUUUGACGUCCAUCUCUCCAAGGACUGUGUCCCCAUUGUGUACCACGAUCUCACCUGUUGCAUCUCCACUAAGAAGAAAGGAGACAAGCACUCUCUGGAGCUGUUUGAAGUUCCUGUCAAAGAUCUCACAUACGACCAGCUACAACAGCUCAAGCUGGGUCAUGCUUCAGCCUUGAAGGUGAACGACCACAAAGAUGACGACGAUGAGGAAGAGGUUGACGAGCAUCAACCCUUCCCUUCAUUCUCACAGAUCUUCCAUGCAGUGCCUGAAAAUGUGGGGUUCAACAUCGAACUGAAGUGGAUUUGUCAGAUGAAGGAUGGUUCGUGGGAAGGAAACCUGUCUUCCUACUUCAACAUGAACCUGUUCCUGGACAUCAUACUGAGCUGUGCGCUGCAGAGAGCCGGCAAGAGACGCAUCGUCUUCUCCUGCUUCGACCCUGACGUCUGCACCAUGGUUCGUCAGAAGCAGAACAAGUACCCUAUCCUGUUCCUGACCCAAGGAAUCUCUGAGACCUAUCCUGAGCUCAUGGACAUCCGCUGUCAGACCACACAGAUUGCCAUGAGCUUCGCACAGAGCGAAAACAUCCUGGGUAUCAGUGCCCACACAGAGGAGCUGCUUCAGAACCUGGAACACAUCCGAGAGGCCCAGUCUAAAGGCCUGGUGGUGUUCUGCUGGGGAGACCUCAACAACUACCACGACAACAGGACCACACUACGGGAGCAGGGCAUCGACGGACUCAUCUAUGACAGGAUCUGUGACGACCAGGUUGACCAGCCCGACAUCUUCAAAGUAGAGGCGCAGCACACGCUGCAGGAGACUCUCAAGAGCUUUGUGUGCUCCUGCUACUCCAUCCCCUGCCAGGCGCCUGUCUGCGCCUCCUCCACCUCCUCCAAGGUGCACAGUACAGAGUCCGACUCAGGCCUCAGCUCCUCCUGAACAACUAUCUGCCUCCGAAGGUUGUCUCUAGAUAGACAUGCUAGAGAGGACAGACUGGGAGGGUAGUCACUAGAUAGACAUGCUAGAGAGGACCGACGCGGCAAUGAAUAUAGGCAGACUUGAUGAGCAAGUGUACACUAUUCGUUUUUUUUAAUUUAGUGUGAGUUACAUAGGAGCUACACUAGACGCCAUGAAAACAGUCCUUUUUUUAUUUUUUACCUGCUACAUUGGAAGAGUAACUUUUUUUUUGCCAACGUGAGCCACUUUAUCCAAUUGCAGCUCACACUGGAGAACAAUCUUGAAAAUGGAACCAAGCCUCUCACAUAACUGCUGCGCUUACGCCUGGUUUCAUUUCAAUUAAUAGAAGCGUAUCACGCUCUGCGAACAUUACUCGUCCGGUGUUGCUCCUACGUUAGGGAUUAGGUUUUGUGAUUGGAAACACAUUGGUGAUUUAAAAAGUUAUUCUGUCCUUUCUAGCAUGGCCAGAUAGUGACAACCCUUCCUGAACUGAUGUCAACUGACGCAAUACACAAGCUGUGUCCAGAUGUGUGUUCUUGCAGCUGUUUGUUUAAACUGUAAGGAGGAGGGUGUUUUGCCAAACGAGGCAUCUGGUAUUUGUUAUUAGGACUAAAGUUGAAUUGACUGGGAUAUGCACCUCAGUCACAAUUAUAGAGGAAUUCACAUUCAUAUGUCUUCACUUAGAAAUGAAUGCAUACUCAAGGAAUUUAUUUUGAAGUUUCUAUUUUAUUAUGCUGAUUUGCUAAAUACAAAUCAGAGGUAAACUAUACUGUAUAUUAGCUUUUCCAGAUUUAGCUUUUCUUAUUGGUGAUAACUGUGUACACGUAUUACAGUUCAUGACUGAUCACAGUUUGCCUUCAGCUUGCUGGUUUAAUGUAAGUAUAUGUAGUUUUAUGUGGCUAAUGAUUUGCAACACUAGAUUCUUUCAUUUUUGCAUCUGCAUUAUGGUUGUCCGCAUAUGAAAUAAGCCAGCAUUUGACAAUAGCAGUGUUAUUUUUGUCACAUUACUAAUAUAAUUUUGAAUGGCAGUGGCUACAAUUCAUAAUAGAUUUUCAAUAGAACAAGAUCAUUUGGGACAGUGACAAACUCUCUCGCUCAGGUGAUUUCCUUUAUAAUUUUUUUGUUUACAUUUAUUUAUUCAAUGGUGCAUUUGAACUCAAACUCAUGCAAUCUGAUUUGUGUUAGGACUGCCCUGAGCUAUGCUGUUAAUUAAGUGUCAUUAUUGGAUGACCAGAUUAUGAAGUGUUGUUAUGGGUGCCUAAAUCCAAACAGAUUCAUUUCAUAUUGCUUUAAUGACCUGUUGAAUACACAUAGUUUGUUUUUGCUUUCAGCAUAACCUUAAAAUGUAUGGGUGAGUGUGAGCUCAAUGUUCACCAUUAGGGAGGGUUAUAUAGGUAGCCCUUUGUAAUGGCUAGAUCUAAUCUACAUAACUGACUCCCUAGCUCAUUUGAAGGGAAGGGUUUUCAUAGGAGCUCUGCUUGCUCUACACAUCAUCAGAAAGCCUUGAUGGGGAAGUUGUAUGAAUUAACUAGUCUGACUGCCACUUGUUUGAAUCUCUUCAUACCUCGCUCUGAUCACUUAAUGCAAUAGAAGACCAAGAUUGUUUCACAUGGCACAGUUUCCCUGCUACAUUGGCACACAUUUUUCCUACUGGAUGUAUUUUGUUGUACAAUCUUAUUUUUUUUGUUUAAAUGCACAUUGAAGAUGUAAUUGUAUCUUUCCUAAAUUGUGUACCAUGAUGAUAUGACAUGUAAACCAUUCCCUGAAAACAUAGAAGUAAGCACUGUCCGUCUGUCUAAGUUCUGUAAGUAAAGGUUAAAAAAACUUUUGAGACUCGUACUGUAUGUAUGGACUACUUUUGGAGUCAUAAUGCAUGCCCUUCAGAGUGCUGUGGUGGACUGGGUGACUGGAAUUGAGGGUCACUCAUGUCACACCCUUGAUACGCUGUCUGGACAAAACUAUGCUAACUGGGAUUAAAUAAAUGAAUAAAAAUAUUUAAAAACAUA